CAUCUAUGACCAAAUGAGAACUAUAAUUGUGACAGUGUGACCAUUUGUUGCGACUCUUAUUUCUUAUUAAGGGUUCAAUAGAUAUGCUUCCCUACCAGUAAAAAUCAGAUGACUCUCAAAGGCUUGGUAUCACUUGUCAUCAAUUUAAUUGGCCUAGCUGAGGGAACAAGGAACAAUGAUGCCCCCCCUUUACCUUGUUACAUGCUAUCUAGCCAUAUACAAAAUAACAAGCAACAAUCAUCUGAAUCAGCAUCAGCAUCCAAUUUUAAUGAGGAUAGUUGGUGUUGUGUGUGCUUGUCAAGGUUAAAGGCCAAAGAUGAAAUCCGUGUCCUUCCUUGCUCGCACAAAUUCCAUAAGAUUUGUGUAAAUAAAUGGCUUAAGGGUCGCCACAAGACGUGUCCACUUUGCCGUUUCUCAAUGGGAGCCGAGGAGAAGUCUCAUCGUGCCGAAAUGUUCACUGAAGAGAUGUUAAUAUGGUUUUCUUCUUUCCAUGUAGCUGAUACAUCCUAAAUUUCUUUCUUCAGAAGUGAGAGAUCUUCAGAGGCGAAUAUUCUCUAGUUAUUGUAAGCAAUUGCAUUCACUUUAAGCACACACUUCAAUCUCUCUGGUUCCUCAAAAGUUUCAUAUAAUAUGCCAAAAU